AAUUCUAGAAACACUGGCAUUAAAAUUCGAUUGAUUGCCAAAAGUUUUCGAAGAUUUGAAAAAAAUGGAAGAAUGUGAACUUCGAAAUAUUUGUAGAGCGUGUCUUACCGAACAGGGACAAUUCCAGUCAGUUUUUGUACCAGAGCCCAGUUCCGGAACAGCCCUUCAUAUAUCCGAAAUGAUGAGUGCCUGUGCUUCUGUUCAGGUAACUUUAGGAGAUGGUUUACCUGAACAAAUAUGUAAGUCUUGUGCCACUGAUACUGUCAAUUUAUAUCUCUUUAAACUAAAAUGUGAAAAAAGUGAUAAAUCCCUUCGAGAGAGAUUAAAAAAGUCUUCUGAAAUAUAUGAUGGUGUUUUUAUAAAGGCUGACGAUGUCAGUGUUUUAGAAGAUGAUGUAAAAUGUGAAGAACCAAGCAACAAAAAUGAAAUCGAUGAGAAUUUGGAGCACUUUGAUAAUUUCUUUGAUAAAUAUAGUGAAUACAGUGAUGAAGAUUCUAGUGAUCCAAAAGAAGAAGAGGUUCCUAAAGACAAACCAAAAGUUAAAGAGUUCAAUUGUGAUAUUUGCAACAAACAGUUUAGUAGAAAUGAUUUACUUUUAAGGCACAGGAUAGCACAUGCCAUGAAAAUGGAAGACCAGAAGAUGGAAUUCGAUACUAGCUACCCUAUGGAAGAUGAUGACGAUGAUGACAUUAUUGAUAUAAAAAGAGAAGAUUUUGUUUAUUCAUGUAAUCGAUGCGAAACAAUUUUUAUUCAUAAAGAAGAUCUAGACAUCCAUUUAAAAUCUCAUCGUAAAGAAGAGUAUAAUGUCAGCUGUGAGAUAUGCCAGAAAAAGUUUUCUAAAUUGGCUCAUAUGAAUAGGCAUUUGAGAACGGCUCAUUUUAUGGACAAGCAAUUUAAGUGUGAAUUUUGUGAGAAGCGAUUCCAUAGACAGGAACAACUUAGGAACCACAUGAAUGGCCAUUCUGGUCUUAAACCACAUAUCUGUGAUAUUUGCUGUAAAGGCUUUAACCAAAUUUCAAAUUUGAGGGACCAUAUGCGUACUCAUAAUGGAGAAAAGCCUUUUUUGUGUUCCACUUGUGGGAAAGGUUUUAAUCAAUUGGGAAAUUUACGACAACACACAGUGAGACAUAGUGGAGUUAAAGCUCAUUUAUGUAGUACUUGUGGAAACGGUUUCGCCAGUAAAGGAGAAUUGUCUGCACAUCUUAGAAAACAUACUGGUGCCAGGCCAUUCGUAUGUCAAGUUUGCAAUCACGGUUUUACAACAUCGAGUUCACUCACUAAACAUAAGAGAAUUCAUUCUGGCGAGAAACCGUACGAAUGUGAUACCUGUAAAAUGAAAUUUUCAAGAUCUGGUAUACUGGCUCGACAUAAAAGGACGCACACUGGAGAAAAGCCUUAUAAAUGCAAGUUUUGUGACAAGGCUUUCUCGCAGUCGAACGACCUCACCUCCCACCAAAGAAUCCACACCGGAGAGAAGCCGUUCAUAUGCGACGAAUGUGGCCAGGCGUUUAGACAAAGUUCGGCAUUGAAAACGCAUAAAAAGACUCACGUCGAGAAGAAUCCGUCAGCAGUGCCUUCUACUUUGGAAAAAAUCGACAAGCCUACGUGCGUCGUAGAAGCCAAACCAAUAUUUCUAACGGGGGUUUUUAAUACAGAGUUUUUGCCAGGUUUUUAGUCUAGAUUUUUAGGUGUGAACUUCCAGUUACUAUUUUUUCUACUUAAAGUACUCAUCCGUGAUUUUUAACCGAGAAAAUUAACACUACAUGUUUGUUGAUAAGGUUUAACAGUUUGACUUUAAUAUAUAAUUCCAUAACUCAAGGUUCCAUCACUGUACGUAUUUCACUCCUACUUGAACCUUGCUUGCUCAGGAUCUGUUUGAAUCGUUAGGACUGCAUAUUUUGAUUUGUCCAACCUAAUUCCCAGAUCUGAUACUAUUCGAUUUUCAAUAAAUUGAAAAAAUACUUACAUUGAAACGUUUUUUAAUGACAUAAAUUUACUUGUUUCAAUUAAAUAAACUAAACAAACAAAGUAACAAAGUUACUAAAGUAACACAAUGUGAAAUGAAUUAGAGUAUAACUUACAUUAUUUUAGGAACAUAAGUGAUUUUAUGUUUCACUCUUGCUUAAGCUCGUUCAGAAAAUUUGCUGACAGCCUUGAAUUACGAUUUUUUCACUAAAUUGAAGCAGUAGUUGAAUCGACGUAGCAUUUUGAAUGGUGAGAAAGUCAUGAGUCUAUGAAAAAUAGACUUAAAGUAGACCAAAGGAAUCUGUACGAGUAGGUACUGAACAGACCCGUAAUUAUUAUUAAAUUUAUUAAAAUGUGUUCCUUUUUUCAUUUUUUCCCGAAUAAAAUUAAUGAAGUUUCACUUACGUAAAUUUAAGUAACAACAUCGCUCACUCACCUUACUCACUCAUUUGGACUCACUCAACUUACUCGCAGACCUGAAAUCCUUGUAUUACCAUCUGCUCAUUAAAUUAAAGGAGUACUUGAAUUUACGGUACUUUUGGCAUGAUCAGGAAGUUAUGAUACUGUGAAACGGUGACUACAAAAGAUAUAGGGAAAAUUUGAUAAGAUACUGUUUACAUAAGCGUCUGCUCAGGCUUAAAAUAGUACUGAAGAUGUUAAAAUUUAUUCAUUUUUCAUUUUUUCUCACUUAACUUUACUUAUGUAAACUUAAAUGACAAAGUUCGUGGCUUAGGUAAACUUAAGCUAAGCGACAGCGUUUUUCAUUUCUACAUGGACGCUAGCGCCGGGCUCACUCAGAACCUUCUUCUUUCAUUUUUUAUGAACAUUUGGACUCACCCAACGGACUUUUAGAGCUGAUACCCUUGUCUUCAAAUAUUUCUGCAAAUUUCAUUUAAAUGUAUUCAUGAGAACAUAAAAAAGUGGCUUUAAAAGAUGCGACGAAAGUUAUGGUCUGUACAAAAGCGCUGCUCAAGCUACAAAUAGUCCUUUAAAUUUCUUAAUAUUGUUCUGAAGCUAUUUUCUUGUUGCAUUUGCACAAUUGAAUGUUGAAAUAAGUUUAUUGAUGUUUCAAUUUACACUUCGGAAAUCGCUAUCAAAAUACAAACGAUUGAUAACGAUUUCCAAAGUGGAAAUUGAAACGUCAAUAAACUUAUUUUAACCUUCAAUUGUGACUUACUUUCAUUAAAAUAGUAUCUCCUUUAAAUUUCAUUAAUGUGUUCAUUUUUCGUCUGUUAAGUUAACUUCAUUAUAUAUAUUUCACACUAACACUAGUCAUACUCAUUCCGUACAUUGGUCGUGCAGUUGGUAUGGGACAUUUUGACUUAACCGAUCUAGUCUCCGAACUUCAGUUCCUUGGGCUACCAUAUUUUCACCAAAUUGAAGAUAUCCCUGAAUCAACAGCGCUUUUUAAACAAUCAGCAAGUUAUGAUACUGUGGAAAAAUCACUUUAAAAGAUGUAGUGGAUGGCGUACGAUGAUUCUAUACAAAAGCUGGUACCCAGGCUUCAAAUAGCGCUGUAAAUUUCAUUAAAAUGUGUUAAUUUUUUAUUUUUCUUACUUAAAUCUACUUAGUAAACUUAAGUGAUAAAAAGUAAAGUGACUUUAUUGAAUAAGUCAAUUAUAUGUUUCACUCCUACAUGAGCUGUAUCCGGUUCACUCAAGCUUGAUUGUGUCAUUUGAAAGGUAGAUUUGCCUUAUACGAGCUAUUAGACUCACCUGACACCUUUGGAUUACAUACCUUUACUAAAGUAAAUGAUUCCUUCAAUUGACAGCUGUCUUUGAAUGACUAGAAUACAUCAUCAUCAGCCAGCUCUUUGCGUCCACUGCUGGACAUAGACCUCACUCAUUUUUGUUCAAUCUGAUCAAAAAUGUGCUGUAUCUUUAUUUCGUGUCCAAGAUUUUUCCACCAGCUCCACUUCAUUGUCUAGGUUUGUCAUGAAUUUUGCUUUGGAGAUGUUUAUUUUAAGACCCACACUGGCACACUAACUGAAGUUCAUGUAGCAUUGUACAUAUCUCUUUGAAAUUGUCCUAAGAACAAAACUAUGUCGUCUGCGAAUUUCAAAUUUGUCAAUCUUCUACCGUCAGUGUUCAGGCCUUUCUCUUCACAGUUAAGGUUUGUUCAAGCAUAUUCUAGUACUACGGUAAAGAGUUUAGGUGAUAAGGUAUCACCCUGUUGGACUCCUCUGCUGAUUGUGAUAUGAUCCGUGUUUUUAUGUAGUUUCACCGACAUAGUUGCGUUCUUAUAUGUCUUGUAAAUUAACUCUCUUGAGUUUACGGGACUCUAUAUGUUUCACUUCUGUAUGAGCCUUAUUAUGGUUUCUCGUGUCUCUCAGAACCUAUAUCAUUUUCAUUUCAUACCUCAUUUUCACUAAAUAGAAGGAAUAUGUGUGUUUUCUGAAAUAACCAACGAUUAAGAGACUAUGAAAAAUUAGCUCCAAAAACCUAGUAAACAGAUCCCAUACAGAUUUUUUUAAAUAAAUGUAAUAUAAAUUUAAAUAGUUAUGAAAUUAAAAAAAAAAUCGCAACGAACCUUUUCUUUUUCCUGAGAAAAGAUGGGUUGUAUUCAAGAGCAUGAUAAAAAAAUAUCAGUUAAGACUGUAGGGUUUAGUUAUCUCAGAAUAUUCAUACAAUAGUUCAUAUCAUUUACAGUACAAUGAAAUAGUAAUAAUUAUUUAUGAAUCAAUUAUAUUUUCAUAGCUAUUUUAAUUCGCUAUAAAUUUUUUUUUACAAUAAUUUAUAUCGAAGGAUAGAUAAGUCUUCAUGGAUCUAUGAGAAAUUAUUUUAUACUGUUUUUAUUAUUAAAAUAAUUCGUUUUUGCUUUUUAGGCAUUACAGACUAUCUUAAGUAGGAAAUGGUUACUAUUUGAGUCGUAACAGAUAAUUUUUAGACAUUUUUUAAAGACAUUUCUAUUUUAAUACGAAUUCGACUGGUCUCUCUUCGAUGCGUUCAUGCAAUUGUAUAUUAGUUAUCCUGAUCUCUACGCCCUCCAGAGCUAAGCUCACAUCAAAAUGUCAAGUCUCUAGCUCAGCCAGAAGUUGGUUUAAAAUCGAUUGAAAAAUUCUAGGAAUGCUACGACCUUCGGGGUAGCGAACUUAUAAAAUCAUCUUAGUACAAGUUAGAAGUUUUUGUUUGUCAAUCUUAAAUGGUUUUUACAAAAUUUCAUUAUCGCAAGAGUACUAACUUUGCUCGAAAACAAAGCGUCAAACUCAGGAAUCGUGAAUUCAAAAUACCGUACUGAUCGUUCAAUUAAUUCUAACGAUAGAUGUCAAAUAUCAAUUUCCAAACCAUGACGAAUUGUAAGACAGUUAACUGUCACGUUAAGAACUAGUAUUGGUUUGCUAUUUAAACCAAAGAAUCACCGUACGUGUUUUUUGUCUCGCACUUUGUAAAAGUUUUUAAAGUAUAUACUGAAAUAUAAUUAUAAAAUCUUUUUUUUAAUCUUAAUUUCAAACUUUUGAAAAUAUUCGAACAACUUUUUUUAAUGAAUGAUUCUCUAAAAUUAUUUAAUUUAAUGUAUAAUAUGGUUAAAGUAUUAUUGUAAUUUUAAGUUAAAGAAUUAUAUUUUAAUGUUAUUGUAAAUAAACAAGUUUGUU